AUGUCCGUUUUAAUCACUGGAGGAGUGUCCAAAGUGUCUGUCAAACUGGCCGAAGAGCUAAUGAAAAAUGGACGAAACGUUGUUUUCCUUCACAAUGGGACUAAUGACUCGAUUUCCGAGUCGGUUCUGAAAAAUGAGAAGUUCUCAUUGGUGAACUUGUCUUCUGUCAACGAGGAUGCGAUUAAGGAACUGAUUGAGACGAAGAACAUCCAAACUGUGUUUGAUGGAUCUUUGACGACUUCAGACGUACUUCUGGCACCACUUCCAGGAGCCAAGACCUUGAUUUUGGGCAUCACCUCCAUCCUCGACGCCAUGCGUAAAUCCACGUCACCACCGUCUUUGGUUCUAAUCAGUGGUGAGGAGAUAUAUGGUACCAACAAUCGUGUCGAGACUCAACCAUUGGAACCCACAUGUUUCGUUGGUGCCGCUCAAAUGUCCGUCGAAGCGAUGGUCCACAGCUACGCCGUCUCCUACCGUAUCCCAAUUGUUAUUGGAAGAUUGCCACGUGUUUUGGUGGAUUCUCAAGGCGAAUUGGAGAUGUACCGAAAGAAUUCAAAGGACUUCCAAAAUAUUCUUUCGUUGUCUGAUGCUGUUCAGGGAUUGCUAAGCAUUGAAAAGCUAGCGCAUAGUCAGAAACCAGCGGAAGUGUUCAAUAUUUCAAAUUCUGUGGAGUUGAAUGCAUCGGAAUCUAGAAAAUCGACUAUGGAGAACUCGAAAAUCUUGUUUUCGACUUCUUGGAAGCCAUCUGGUUUGUCGACGCUGUCGUCAGAAUCUAGUGAAAAGAAUCUGGAAAUCCCACCGGUGUUCUUGGUUUUCGGAGCCAACUCGGAGCUCAAAAAGGAAUUCUUCGUGCUUGUGAAAUCUGCGAAAUUCGUUGCAAAGGAUUCCAACAUCAUCUAUCUUCGAGAAGCAUCCGACAAAAUUGUCAUUGAGGAGAUCAACACCGUCAAACCAUCGCAUUUGGUCUACUUUGGGGAGGAAACCGAAUCCUUCGAAGGCGACUGCUUCACUCUACAUACCAACAUGGUCACCAACUUGUAUUUCCCAUGGCUGUUGGCCAGUCUCUCCGAAAAGAAUGGACUUCAUUUCACUCAUUUUGGAAAUACAGAAAUCAGUCAGGAGACGUCAGCAAUGGCUGUGAAGGGAUACACUGGAAAAAUGUUGGAAUACUUCCAGAAUACUCUCAGAUUGGGAACCAAAAUCGAUGAGAGUACAUUGGAGCUGAUGAAGGCGAAGAAGACUGGAGGAUUGAAUAAUAAUUUUUGA